UUUUGCGCUUUGGAUAUAUUUUUCACACCGGAACUGGACUACACCUACAAAAAUACGUUCUACAUGUGCCUACACUACAUGUCGGGAUCGCUGGACACCUUUCUUCUUUAUGGAGUCAGAAACAAAAACAUCGACUACCUGAAGGCGUUCAAAAUGGGCUUCUUAGUAUUGAUUCCACUUCUAGGAGUCGUAAGAGUUCACUACGCCAUGGACAAACCGGAUGAUUUGCAAAAUGUGAUCAUCGCAACUGGGCUAUCGCUGACUUCGAUUUUUGUACUGUAUCCAACGAUCCUGAAAAUGGUGGACGGCUUCAUUGUGGCCGUCAGGAAUGGAUAUGACCAGUCGUUGGACUACUCUGAGAGUGUUGAGCCGAGCCCAGAUCCAGAGAAGCUGAGUCUCGUUUGA